AUGAGUCAUUGAUGACGUACGAAUUCAUCAAAAGUCUCUGAACUGAAGUCUGUCAGCAUUGCAGUUUGAGAGAGAGGACAAGACAGUCAACUUGGAAGUUGUGGGGAGAGUGGAUCGAUUCUAGUAGCUACUUCUUUUAAACGGUGUUCAGUGACUAUAACCAUGACACAACAACUUGAGGGAGAGAUAAAGUUGGCAAAAGAAACAGCCAUUUUGAUAAGAAAACCGUGACGGAUUGCUCAACUCAGAACCUUUUCACGUAUAAACCACACAUGUGUCUGACUACUCCACAUGUCAACACACGAACUGAUUCCGGAAUGAUGCGAAGUGAGACUUUUUCCUCCAUCCGAUGGAGCAACAUGCUUCUUCUAUUAGUGGUUUUCGUUUCGGCGCAUUCUGUAAACGCUACCACGCAGCAUGCGUGCAUCGGAGACAGACUGGCGAGGUUUCCUGGGUGCUGUCGUGGGCAAUAUGCACGCAUCUUAACAAACAAAGAGAAGGAAGAGUGGAGCUUGGAAAAAGGAAUAAGGAUAUUUAAUCGUGUCCAUGGUACCAAACAAAGGCAACAGUACUAUACCUGCGUUCCGUGUACACAGUGUGGCGAUGGAAUAAAAGUAGACCAUCAAUGCCGUCGAACUACAGACACCGUGUGUAGUCCCACUAACGAAUGCACUCACCCAGCCUGGCACUUCGACUUUGGUACGAAAUCCUGCAGGCCACCGAUUCCUCAGCCAGCAAAGCAUACGUCUGUAGCGCCGUACGCAACCACUGCACAGACACCAAAGAGAAAGCAACCUGAGGGUUCUUAUGAAACACAAAUUCCUGAGGACGAAAUCGACGUUACUGCAAACACAUCAACGUUAUGGUCACAGGAGCAGAUUCAGACCAUUGUCAUCAUUGUGGUUGUUGUGGUAACCGUCCUCCUUCUUUUGCUUAUUGGAAUGAUGGUCUUGGUCAUCCGGAUGAAAGGACAAGUAAAAAAGUUUGUUCCGUCUCCGUAUUCGUCUCAAAACACGUCCAAUUCAUCUGUCAAUGUUUGAUUGAUAGAAAUCUCAUGAAGGCAGCACUAGUGCUUCAUUGAGUGAGGAACACUUUCAUGAGACAUUCCAAUAGACAUGGACAAAGAGCGUUCAACGUUUUUGAGAAAAAAAUAUUGAUUUGAAUUAUUUUGUUACAAUUUAUUGAGAAGAUGAGUUUCCAGCCAUCCAAUUAUCAUUACUAAUUUGUCAUAAAGGUUUGAAGCAAGCUAACCACUUGAAUUAAAGUUCAAUAACGCCGUCGGGGCAGGUUAAUUGUUCUUGACAGUAACAGUAAAUUAAUUUGGAAUUUUCACAAUGAUACUUUAUCUGUAUAAUUUCGGGGAAAUAUUUUUGUAAUUGUGUACCAUAUUUACGUGUAUGUUUAUGUGCAAUGCCACGUGCCAUGCCUUGUACAGGAAUAUUUGUAUUUUAUAUGAAUACAAGGGCGUGUAAAAUAAUAAUUUUUUUCAAAAUACUUUGAAUAAUAAUGAGAAAAAGUUUAAAAUUGCGAUUGGACAAAAUUGUUAUGUUGGUUGCCUUGUCUAUUUUUUUACCUACUGACAAUAAAUGUAAUUGACCACAAGGAUUGAAGGGUUGGGAGAAGUCUUUUAGUUACAACGUUAUCAGGAUAUUUAAUGAUUCGACAGAGGUAACUAUGUUUUAGGGAUAUUAAAAUGAUGUUACUGGACUCAACAUCAGUCUCCGUAUAUGCUGAACAUUAGGUCCACUCUAAAGGGAGUAGCGUGGAAGGUUAAUUUCUUCACUCCUGGACUGUGAUAACAAGGCUAAGUAGAAGUCAGCUAACCAUAAUUUGCCUAGAGGUCCGUGCACUGCUACCUGUGUUUCUCGUAAAUGCCUUCGUAAUUAUACUCUCCAAACCUCUGAGACUACAAUGAAGAAUGGCCUGUGAGUGAGAUCAAAGGCUGGAAAAUGGUCUUCUAUUGUGUAGUUACCAAAACUGUCUUUAAAAUUGUCGUUGACGAUUUGUGAAAUUUGGGAAGAAUAUCUUUUGUAAUAGACAGUUGAUAUUUUGACCGUGUGGAACAAAUAAGCAACUCGCCCAACUCUCUUUAGAUGGUUGUUUUUUGCCAGUCUUUCGUUUGUUUGGGAAAAGAUUUUGAGUUCGUUUCCUCUUGGAAGGAUUGCGUUGAUGAUUAUGAAAAAAUUGCAAUUCUUGCUUGUGGCUCGAGAAAUAUAAUCAUUACGAGGAGAUCAA